AUCCGUCGAGUGACCCUUGCGAGUCCUUCUUGGUCGCGGAGUGGGGUCGGGGUCGCUGGUGCUGCUCGGGGGCUGGAGAACCGACGCCGGACAUGGGGCUGGAAGAUGAGCGCAAGAUGCUGACGGGCUCCGGGGACCCCCAAGAGGAGGAAGAGGAAGAGGAAUUAGUGGAUCCCUUAACAAAAGUGAGAGAGCAAUGUGAGCAACUGGAGAAAUGUGUAAAGGCUCGGGAACAGCUAGAGCUAUGUGAUCAGCGUGUUUCAUCCAGGUCACAAACCGAGGAGGAUUGCACCGAGGAGCUCUUUGACUUCUUGCAUGCACGGGAUCACUGUGUGGCUCACAAACUCUUCAGCAGCUUGAAGUAAAUGUGCAGAAGACUUAUUUACCCUAGUCUUCAUCACUUGGGUAUCGGGAUGUUUCCUUAUGGUUUUGAACAUGCCAUUUCUUACUUGAAUAAGUGUGUGUGGACCUCAUGGAUUUGGGGAUAAGCAAGUAACUCC